UAUCUUUCAACGGACAGCGCGCAGUGAGGUCAUGCCGCAUCAUCUCGCAUAAAGCAUAUCUCGCGGAGACCGCUGUUGUCGGACACGAAUACUCUCUUGGAACAGGUCACAAAUGUACCAUGGAUUACGACGUCUGCGUGCACGACCCCAUAGCCUCAUACUACUCAGGCUACUACAGCGCAGUGGCCGCCAUGGGGCUUCAUAUCGGCAAGCCAAGCCAAGCCAUCAAGAAGCGUGUCUUAUAUAAUUUCAUCUUUUGUAUUCUCCCGGGCCAAGGAAGUCAAUUACGAAUCAUCAUAUCAGACUCGAAGGAUUGUCACUCACAUGGCAGAUCGGUUCUACUAGUCUUAAAAAAGACGUCGAUACGUUUCCUCGCAGCCUGUCUUGGUCUUGCGACAGCGGUCCUAUUGCAAAGGCCCCGAAUGGUUGGUAUACGUUUACAUAAAAGAUAUCGGAACCACAGAACGGUGUCAGAUAUUCGGUGCAGAAUUCUUGAAUGUCCGCGGCGCACGGCCGAUAGCAUAAAGGGCGCAAUCUAGACUCACUGGUAUAAGUCAAAGCCUACAUCCAUCUGCAUAUUCAUAUUAUCAUAGUGAUUUCGCUGUACCAUGUUCAUCCCCAAGAUUCCUACCAAGGAUUCGCCUG